UCGGUGCCAGUUUCGUUAGCUGGUAGGUUAGGACAGUUUCUGUACACGGUGAAGCCGACAAACUUACACCCUGUCCCUACAGCGGAAGUACUGCAAGAUCUGUGCCCUACGGUUUCGGAAUUCUGCGUCCGGUGACGUCUUCUGUCUUACCAACCUUAGCCCUCUCCAGUACCAGAAAUAUCAUACAGUAUUUCUAAAAGCAUUAUAUAUUUUUAAUUUGUGUCACAGUUUAUAGAUUGAUUAUAUAUUUGCAAUUCUUUCCACGAUAAAUUACGGACAAGAAACUUCGUGUAUAGUUCAUUAACAAGGUUGUGCAAUUAAAUUUGUGAAGUCACAAAUUUUGGUUAACACCGUAAAGAUAGAAAGAUUUAAAAUUUUUUAAAGUCUGGAAAUAUUACUCAUCAUUCUAUUUCCUAACAUUCCUAUCUUUAUGAUCAUAACAAGUUUGAAAAAAAUGUGUAAAAUUAGUGUCGAUCUGAGAAAAUUCAGUACCCUGCUAUUGCCCAUUCACUUCUUUUAAAUGAUUAAAAUUCUAAAUUGUAUUUACUACAGCCUUACAAAAUAUAAAAACAGUUCGGACGUCACAGAAAACACAAAUUGUAUUAACCUGUUCUUUAUCUAUCUAGCGUUCGACCCAUCAUCAUGCAUGCACAAGUUGGCCUAUAAGAAGAGUCGCAGUUGCUGAACGGUUAGGUUUCAUGGGGUUUCGUUUUGACAUAAACGUCAAGAGCUUAUUAAAGGAUCUCAAUAGAUCUUGAAAUACAGUAAAUCCUCGAAUUUCAAAUUAAAAUCCAGCUUUACAUAAGAACAUUGCGCUGACAUGUAAUUUAUUUAGUAGGAAGUUUAUUUUUCAUUGGCUCAUACCUUCAGGCGAAGAACUACUUAUUCUGAUAAAGUACUUCAAAAUAAUUUAUUAUAAUUGUUACGCUUUCGAAGUCAUUGUGUUUGGAAUGACAAAGAUACUGCACCGCGUGUGAUCGAGUGUAUUUAGUAUUCUGGUCUCUUUGAAGAAGAAGGAAGAAGUACAUAAGACGUUACAGCAUGAUUUGCGUAAAUCAGCAUUCAUAUUAAUUCAGCUGUCAUAUUAUUAACGCUGCCCUACUGACUGAUAAAACUUAAAAUUUAUAUGCUUAGUAAGACAUAGAUAUUUAACCUGUUUCGUCAAAGGGAAAGGUAGACCGACGGCGCACUCCAGAGUUGUGAAGCAGUUGCACCGGAAUACAAACGCAUUACGCAAUGUGAAAGUCAGAUACACCUCAGAUGCGACCUUCAUUUAUUGAACUUUACCUGGAGCUGUUUAGCACGUGCACUCCGGCAACCCUCCUGACACCACAGUACAGCGGGACGGACUGCAGAACAGGUGCUCUCCGCUAACUACUUAAAGCAGUGAUGGUUUCUCUACGGAUGCCUCGCAACAAUGGAAGCAGUGGCGGAGACGGGGACGUGAUGCUAUUGGUCCGUGCGACAGCAGCGCUAAUCCCAUUGGUGCUGCUACACAUCUGCCUAUUGGUUGCCGGAGAAGACGCGGCGGCUGACACGACGCCGAUAGACCACGCGCGGACGAGUAGAUUUCCUCGUUAUCGGUUCAACAUACGCAAAGAUGACAUCUUCCAUGACACUAGGGUAAUCCCCGUGGAGCAUCAGGUGUCAGAGUUCCUCUACAAAGGCGAGACAAAACUGUUCUUCUUCCUACAUGAGCGAGAGCAGAGCCCUCUGUCACUCACACUCACUCCCUGCACAUCGAGCGUGUUGUGGAGCGUCCGCUACAGGAACCAGAACGACACAGGAAUAUUGGAUGACAUUGCGAUUCAAACGGAGAACAACAAUUCUGGGCCGCCACUGAUGGAAUUCAGAAGCAACGAGAUGAGAACUUUCAGUACGCAGGCCGCCCGUCCGGGGCUGUAUAUUCUUCAAGUGUCGCCAUUGGAACGAGAGACCUACGUGAAGCUAUAUGCCAGCUUGGAGCCGGGGGGCCCUCAUCCACUGCGGCUCUCACAGCGCCCCCGCCUGCGACUGCAGAAACGACAGCGCAGGAAGAGACUCACAGUCCGGUGGGAACCCAGCUCUGUGGACCCCCAUUUGAUGCACUAUUGUUUGGUGGUUAACACGAGGCGCUACUAUUCUACUCUUUGUGAGGCUCAAGGGGAGCGUAACGGGGUGUCUCCCCCUGAUGCAUCGAACGCUCCAGGAUUUAACUUCCCGCGAGAACAGGCCGAGGCUCAUAAGAACGAGCUUGCCAGCAAAGCAGCGAGACUGAACGCCAGUCGCCUGGGACGAGGUAGCGGUGGCGCGGGAGGCCAGCUGCACGAGGACAUCGUGGUUGGCUGUGUGGGGCGCAAGACCAGCUACACUGUGUCCAACCUGGAGCAUGGAAAAGUAUACCACUUCAAUUUGUUCGCCGUAAACAGACGAACCAACCUUAGUUUUCCGUACGGCCGAACCACGCUGAAGUAUGAACCACGGAGCAAACCAGCCGGACUGAGAGAUGGGAAGGCGUCUACCGUGAACCUCAGAAAGAUGGACGGAAGGGCGACUUUUAAGUUCAAGGUGGGGAAGAAUGCAGAAAGUGAGAUGCAUUUCUACGUGAUGCCGUGUGGGGGCGCUGUGUAUGUGGAACUCACACUGAAAGGAGAGGCGGUCAUACCCCGGAAACUAAUUUACGGAUACGAGAGGUUCCGCGUGAUGAAUCCAUCUCGCGGCCAGCGAUACGUGUUGCGAGUAACGGCCUCCAACUCAGAGGAACUACGCCGAAUCUCGGCUGUUAAGGUCCUUGUCACUAGUCGCCCGGCAGUGAAGUUUCCUCUACCAGAACUUCCACCAGGGCCACAAGUGCACGAGUAUGACAGCAUGAGGAAGUGUGACUCGGUGACGGUGGGGUGGAUACCGUCCCCUGACCCGCUGGUGGCCCGCUACUGUAUCUUCGCACGAGAAGACAAGCACAGGGAACUGGACACGAGACGGCCCAACCAAUGUGCACUGGAUUCCAGACUCAAGAAGAACUCUGAGUUUGCUAUGAUGCACUGUCAGGACAGGAUACCAGACGAUACUAG